AAGAAAAACGUUUACCAAAGUACGUUCGAUGUAAUGGAGUAACUGUUACAGAAGCUGUUAGUUGUAUCCGGUUGAUUAUGGGCGUUGUCGGUCAUUAUUGGUCCAUCAGCAGCGCAGCCUCAGGGUUAUUGAUCUCAGCAGGACUCAAUCAUCACGAUCGAUACAUAAGUGGCCCCUUGACCAUUAACUUUACCAUAGAUUCAAACCGCGUAGGGAGGGCUGUGUGAGACAAUCCUUAAUUUGUGUGUGGAAAAUCGUGUCGCAAGUUAUCUAAACGACGUACAAUAUGGGAAAAGAGAGGAUUCAUGUUAAUCUGGUCAUAAUUGGGCACGUGGACAGCGGCAAGUCCACGACGACAGGUCACCUCGUCUACAAGUGUGGGGGAGUUGACCCCAGAACAAUGGAGAAGUAUGAGAAGGCUGCGUCCCAGAUGGGGAAGAGCUCUUUUAAGUACGCUUGGGUUCUGGACAAAUUAAAAGCGGAGCGAGAACGUGGCAUCACAAUCGACAUAUCCCUGUUGAAAUUCAACACGCAGAAAUACACAUUCACCAUAAUUGACGCACCUGGUCAUCGUGACUUCAUCAAAAAUAUGAUCACCGGCACCUCGCAGGCUGAUGCGGCUCUUCUGGUUGUUUCUGCUGCAAAAGGUGAAUUUGAGGCCGGUGUGUCUCGAAACGGCCAGACACGAGAGCACGCCUUGCUGGCUUACACUCUCGGAGUGAAACAGCUCAUGGUGUGCGUCAACAAAAUGGACCUUACAGAGCCACCGUUCAGCCAGAAACGUUACGACGAGGUGGUGAGGAACGUCUCCACGUUCAUCAAAAAGAUCGGGUUUGAAAUUGGUGCGGUGCCUUUCACACCCAUUUCCGGUUGGAGCGGUGAGAACAUGAUAGCGCCGACUCAAAAGAUGCAAUGGUUCAAGGGGUGGAAGCUCAAGAGGAAAGGAGGCGUCUUAAGUGGCCAAACCCUACUGGAGGUCCUUGAAUCUCUGCUUCCUCCAGCGCGCAGUGCAAGCAAGCCGUUGCGUCUACCGUUGCAGGACGUCUACAAGAUUGGUGGUGUUGGCACCGUCCCUGUGGGCAAGAUUGAGACUGGGGUCCUAAAGCCCGGGAUGGUUCUGACCUUCUCGCCAGCGAAGUUGACCGCAGAGGUCAAGUCCAUUGAGAUGCAUCACCAGGGGCUUCAGACGGCCCUCCCGGGCCACAACGUAGGCUUCAACAUCAAGAACGUGGCGGUGAAGAAUCUACGGAGGGGUGAAGUUGCGGGAAAUUCACAGCAGGAUCCACCAUCGGACGUCAGCAGUUUUAUUGCUCAGAUAAUCAUGCUGAAUCACCCGGGAAAAAUCAAGGCUGGUUACGCUCCGGUACUGGACUGCCACACAACCCAUGUUUCAUGUCGUUUUGCUGAGCUGAGGGAGAAGUUGGACAGGCGUUCAGGAAAGAAACUGGAGGACUCGCCACCGUAUCUGAUGUCUGGAGAUGCUGCUACAGUCAAACUUGUGCCUAACAAACCCAUGUGUGUGGAGAGCUUCUUCAACUAUCCACCUUUGGGUCGAUUUGCAGCAAGGGAUCUGAAGCAGACUGUCGCUGUUGGGGUCAUCAAAUCCGUGGAAAAGGUGGACCAAGCGAAAAAAACGAAAGUAUCAAAAUGAAGUGAUCAUUUGUUUUUAUGAUUCCUUAUUUACCAGCAGUCUGGUAUGUGAACCAAAGAGGUUCUGUUUACGUUACAUUUCUGUGUAUAGUUUUAUAGCGUAGCACUUUAUGUUGGCUUUAAAAAGCAGCUUAAUUUUAACUUCCUGGCGUAAUGGCUUGAUUUGAUUGUGGGCCCAAUGAGAUUUGGUAUGGAUGCUGUAGAUCCAUUUAAAAGUGCAUGUUGCUGGACUGCGAAUAAAUUUCAG